AUGUCACGUAUUAGUAGAUCACCUACUCAAUCACCUUCAUUCAGGACAGAAAGAGCGUUUAGAACAACACUGGCAUCCUCCUCAAGUGCACCUAUUCAUAGCGACUCCAUCAAUGCCUCCAACAACCACCCAGCAACAUCUACAGCCAGCAAAAGUGUUUUACUAUCAGAGAAUCAACUGAGCAAAAUCAGUAAAAAUCUUGCCAAUAUUAGAGGUGGGUCAGUUCCUGCUUUGAAUACGAGCAUGAUUGACUCAGAGGCAUCCUUUCAGUCAAGCCCCAUGUCAACGAAUUCUCCAUCAGGUCAAGCAAGUGGUGAUUCAGCUCCACAGGGGACUGUAGGUGAUUUUUCUGUGCAAAUCCAGGAAUAUGCUGUAAUCGAGGACCUGUUAUAUGUGUUGAUUGGCAUUGAUGGCUUAUACAUCAAAUGCGACUAUCCAAAAGCUUUACUAGACGACGGUGAUCUGAUGGAAGACAUUCAUUCGCAUUAUUCACAACAACAAGGAGAAACUUCGUGGGAUGCCAUGAGGUAUAUCAUUGACCCUACAUUAGAUCCCAGCUUGAAGCAUUUAGUGGAAAAGAUCUUGCCCUUGGCAACAUACUACAUGUCUAUUAGUGCUUUUAUUGAUCAGUUCUCCCGAUUCGAAUACGGCACAAUCAACCAUGCAUUAUGUGCUGCCAUGAGAGUCUAUACAAAGGAAUACUUGACUUUUAUCGCUCAACUAGAACACGAAUUUCAAACAUCAACAUCGUUCACGUUGCAAAGACUGUGGUUCUAUGCUCAGGAACUACUACAAAGCAUGAAAAUUUUGCAUAAUUUGGCAAUGACGAUACGAUCCAUCAAAACAUCAAAGGCUACUGAAGACGAGGACGAUGAUAUUGAAGCGGUUAUAGAAGGACUUCAGAAGGAAGAAUCGAAUGAAGAGGUACACAUAUCUGAGAAUCAAAAGGGUGGUGCUAUUCUCAACAUUUUAUCCGAGAGAUUGAUUGGCCUCAGUGGUGAUCCCAAGUGCAAAAAGAUCUACACAAAAUUGCUUUCCAAGGCAUCUGUACCUUAUUUUGAAAUUCUCAAUUUUUGGAUAUACCACGGAGAAAUCAGGGAUUCAUACAACGAGUUUAUGGUGCUGGAGAAAAAGAGCGUCAAGAAGGAAAAUUUGAAGGAAGACUACAACGAUACGUAUUGGGAGACUCGAUAUACUAUACGCGAGGGCAGUGUGCCUGUGUUUCUUGAGCCCAUGAAGAACCAGAUCUUGUUGGCUGGCAAAUUCCUCAAUGUAGUGCGAGAAUGUGGCGUGAGGAUUGCGAAUCCACAAGAGAUGCAAAGCGAAAUACUGGGCCAAAAUAUAGACCAAGAUCUUAGUUUAAACAGCCCGCUAGCGAACACGUCUCAACAUCCUACCAGUAACCCCUCUUUCAUGCCUACAAGAAGUGAGGUUUGGGCCGCUGUAGACGGUAGUCGAUUCGUAAAGAGUUUGGAUAUUGCUUACAAGUACGCUAAUCAAACAUUGUUGAAUUUACUACUGAAGGACCAGCAAUUGAUCGAGCGAUUGAGAUCUCUCAAACACUACUUCUUCCUGGACCAAUCCGACUUUUUAACCUCGUUUCUGGAUCUAGCCAAGGAUGAAUUGAAGCAACUCUCUUCGGACAUCUCCCAAACAAGAUUGCAAUCACUAAUGGAUCUAGUUUUACGAAACCCUUCCUCAGUAGCCGCCUACGAUCCAUUCAAAGAAGAUGUCAAAGUGUCGAUGAGUCAUUUGCGUCUGAUAGAUCAAUUAUUGCGCAUCAUCAGCGUGUCUGGCAUGGAAUCCGCUUCAUCCAAUCCUCGCUUAUCUACACUCAAUAACUCGGCUGGCGGUUUAGCAAGUAGCAGCGGCAGUGGCGUAUUUGAAAGAGGGCAGAGCUUGUCAAAUAGCAUCAUGUCUACCUCGUCCUCUAUGGCAGCGACCAUCAGCAAGGAGCCGUUAUCAGGCUACGAAGCAUUGACUUUGGACUACACUGUAACAUUCCCGCUCUCUCUUGUGAUAUCACGCAAGGCACUCACAAAAUACCAGCUCUUGUUUCGCCAUAUCCUCAAUAUGAAACACGUGGAAGAUCUACUAUGCAGUACAUGGAUGAAUCAAAAGAAUGCGCUGUGGAAGGGAAAAUCAGGGAACCCAGAGAUUGAUCACCUCAAGUUCAGAAUAUUCUCGCUCAGAAAUCGCAUGCUUACAUUUGUGCAGCAAUUUGCAUACUACGUAACAAACGAAGUAUUAGAGCCAAACUGGCGUCGAUUAGAAGCGAAUCUGAGAAACAUUACAACGGUGGAUCAAGUAUUGCAGUAUCACUCUGACUUUCUAGACACUUGCUUGAAAGAAUGUAUGCUGACACACUCUAAAUUACUGCGAAUUUUCAACAAAUUAAUUAGUUCAUGCAUGGCAUUUACAACACAAGCUGAAAAGUACAGCCAUCUCUUGGCUUCCUUGGAAAACAGCCAGACUGUGGAUAGAUUUGGCGUGCCCAUCAGCGGAUUACAUGACAGUGCAGAGGCAAUGUAUAGUAUCGCGAAUCGAAGUCUGUCUCGGUUGGAAGAUUCUUUCCUGUACCAUAUGAAAUUACUUAUAGAUGCGCUUAAUUUCUACUCGGCUCAAGAAACUGUGCAAUACUUGUGUCUCGUAGUUCGUCUUGAUUACAACCAGUUCUACAGCAAUUCUCCAAUGGCAAGAGAUGCCUCAUCAGCUAGACAAAGAUAA